AUGGAGGACGGCACCACUGUCUGUCGGGGGGGUCUCACCACUAGCGCAGACAGUACGACGUGCCGCAGGCUGAACGGAAGCGGGGACGCGGGUGUUCUCCGUAUCCCUGUGGUGCUCUUCAGCAACACACACUUCUUUUUCCCACCACCGCCAUUGCAUCCGCACAACUCAGACCAAACAGGGGAUGGCAAGGACCGCUACCACGGUAGCAUCGUGUUUACGAGCACGAUGAUCGUCGUUAAGAUUGCCGUCAACACCUGUAACGAAGAGAACAACACCAAUAAUCGCAAUUUGUCAAGUGAUGACGGAACAGUACGUGAGGUGGCCGCCUUCACUGACAGCGUUGACGCCGUGACAGGGUUUCAUAUGUGGGUGUCCGACGCGCCACGUCACACGUUGUUUUACCGGCUGGAACUCCUGGGCGGGGCGCACAGCGUUUUCUUCCAGAUCGACGAGGCACGUGUAGGGUCACCGCCCCUGUGUACAGCCGAUAACACGGGUGAUGUAGCAGCGGAGGGGCUUGUGCCGUGGUGGGCACAUCGUGUUGAAGAAUUUAUCGGGCAAAACAUCGACACAUGCGUCUUGCCGCGCGAGAACGACAACAACAGUAGAGACCCCUCAGAUAUGAGCUUUGAGGGGUCUACUAUUGACUGGGGUGGUCUGCUGGCUUCUGCGGUAGAACAGCUCAACAGUGCGAAGGGUUCUGCAUGCUGCUGCGCAGAAGCACAGAACGUCUGUGGGUGGAGCUUGCCGGUGAUGUACGUGAGCGCCCUACCUCCUCCUCCUACUCCUCCUGCAGUUGUGGGGACCGAGAGUCCAAUUGCCACGAUUGCAAAAAACAGUGUUGCAGAGUGGGAGGCACAACGACUGAACUGCACCCAAGCGGCAUUCACUGCUCGUAUUGCGCUAAUACACGACGAGUAUGUGAAGCGAGAGGAUCUUCUUCUGCAAUGGAUGUCUGAGUUCCUACCAGCCGAAGUUGGUGUGAGAAAAGGUGUAAAUUCUGGUAUUGCAGCUGCGUCGUUGAGCCUGCGUGGCCAAGCCUCAGUGGAGGAGAACCAGCACGAGUGUGGAGGAGACGGCUUGGGCAUCACCGAUGAAGUGAUGCAGCUACUCGCCGAAGAAGAGAACGUAGCGCGGAUGAAGUUAGUAAAGUACACCGCCAGUGUUCAACAAGGGAGCCAUGGGAGAGUAGCGCCGCAAACACAAGAGGCGUAG